UGGGCAGCGGCCCCUUCGUGCGCCCAGCCGAGGCCCCGAGCGCCGGCGCCGGGAGCAUGAGCGCGGGCUCGGAGCGCGGGGCGGCAGCGCCCGCCGGAGUGGUGCCCGCGCCCCGCGCCUCCAAGGUGGAGCUGCGGCUUAGCUGCCGGCACCUGCUGGACCGCGACCCGCUCACCAAGUCCGACCCCAGCGUGGUGCUGCUGCUGCAGUCCCAGAGCCAGUGGGUGCAGGUGGACAGAACUGAGGUGGUCAGGAGCAGCCUGCACCCCGUGUUCUCCAAGGUCUUCACGCUCGACUACUACUUUGAGGAGGUACAGAAGCUGCGCUUCGAGGUCUAUGACACGCACGGACCCAGCAGCCUUAGCUGUCAGGACGAUGACUUCCUUGGAGGCAUGGAGUGCACCUUGGGGCAGAUCGUGGCCCAGAAGAAGAUGACCCGCUCUCUGCUGCUCAAGUUCGGCAGGAAUGCGGGCAAGUCCACCAUCACGGUGAUCGCUGAGGACAUCUCUGGGAACAAUGGCUACGUAGAGCUCUCCUUCAGGGCCCGGAAGCUGGACGACAAGGACCUCUUCAGCAAGUCGGACCCCUUCCUGGAGCUCUACCGGGUCAACGAUGAUCAGAGCGAGCAGCUGGUGUACCGGACAGAGCCCCCCCCCCCCCCCCCCCCGGUGGUGAAGAACAACCUCAGCCCCGUGUGGGAGCCUUUCAAGGUGUCCUUGAGCAAUCUGUGCAGCUGUGAGGAGACGCGGCCUCUGAAGUGCCUCGUCUGGGAUUAUGACUCCCGCGGAAAGCACGACUUCAUCGGGGAAUUCUCCACCACCUUUGAGGAGAUGCAGAAAGCUUUCGGGGAGGACCAGGCCCAGUGGGACUGCGUGAAUGCCAAAUACAAGCAGAAGAAGCGUCAUUACAAGAACUCUGGGGUGGUCAUCCUGGCAGACCUGAAGUUCUACAGGGUCCACUCGUUCCUGGACUACAUCAUGGGCGGCUGUCAGAUCCACUUCACGGUGGCCAUCGACUUCACGGCCUCCAAUGGUGACCCCCGGAACAGCUGCUCACUGCACUACAUCAACCCCUUCCAGCCCAAUGAGUACCUGCAGGCUCUGGUGGCCGUGGGGGAGAUCUGCCAGGACUAUGACAGCGACAAGAGAUUUUCUGCUUUGGGGUUUGGAGCCCGAAUUCCUCCCAAGUAUGAGGUGUCCCAUGACUUUGCCAUCAACUUCAACCCUGAGGACGAUGAGUGUGAAGGAAUCCAGGGUGUGGUGGAGGCCUACCAGAACUGCCUGCCCAGGGUCCAGCUCUACGGCCCCACCAACGUGGCCCCCAUCAUUUCCAAGGUGGCCCGCAUGGCCGCGGCCGAGGAACACACUGGGGAGGCCUCCCAAUACUACAUUCUGCUGGUCCUGACCGAUGGCGUAGUGACCGACAUGGCCGAUACACGGGAGGCCAUCGUGCGUGCCUCCCACCUGCCCAUGUCCAUCAUCAUCGUGGGGGUGGGCAACGCUGACUUCACGGAUAUGCAGACCCUGGACGGGGACGACGGCAUCCUGCGCUCCCCGCGGGGCGAGCCGGCUCUCCGAGACAUAGUGCAGUUCGUGCCCUUCCGGGAGCUCAAGAGCGCGUCCCCGGCAGCGCUGGCCAAGUGCGUGCUGGCCGAGGUACCCAGGCAGCUGGUGGAGUUCUACAGCUACAAGGAGCUACCUCCGAGGGGCGGCGACACCCACGCCCAAGGGGCUGGGUGGCCGGGAGUGCGGCCAGCCUCUGUCUCCAGCACCGUCGGGGUCCCUUAG